AACUACGAAUCAACAUGGGUCCUCCAGGGCCACCCCGUAAUUCGGGGUACCCGCAAAGCCUAUUGGCGCCCACUGUUUAUGGGGAAAAGCACGAGGACAGAAAAGUUAAGCGUCACAGCAUUCACGGAAUGAUGGAGGAGGAGAAUGUUGUUCGGCCACAUCAGGAAAUGGCACAGUUGUCGUUGGACGAGAAGAAGUUUUUGUUGGCGGUGGAACGAGGAGAUGUGGCCAGCACGAGGAGGAUGCUCCAACGAGCUCAGGAAACGGAACACAUCAAUAUCAACUGCGUGGAUCCAUUAGGAAGGUCUGCACUGUUGAUGGCCAUUGACAACGAGAAUUUGGAAAUGGUAGAAUUGCUGAUCACGCACAAAGUUGAUACUAAAGACGCACUAUUACACGCCAUUUCGGAAGAGUUUGUGGAAGCCGUCGAAGUAUUACUAGAUCACGAAGACACCAUACAUAGGCCGGGAGAUCCUCAUAGCUGGGAAGCCUUGCCUCCAGACACCGCAACAUUCACGCCUGAUAUUACGCCAUUGAUAUUGGCUGCUCAUCGGGAUAAUUACGAAAUUAUCAAGAUAUUACUCGAUCGAGGAGCUACUUUACCAAUGCCGCACGAUGUCAGAUGCGGAUGCGACGAUUGCGUGACCUCACGGUACGAGGAUUCUCUGCGGCAUUCGCGAUCUCGGAUAAAUGCCUACCGGGCUCUCGCCAGCCCUUCGCUGAUAGCCCUCUCAUCCAAGGAUCCUAUACAGACCGCCUUCGAAUUGUCUUGGGAACUGAGACGUCUCAGCUUUCUGGAGCACGAGUUCAAGUGCGAAUAUCAGGAACUCCGCAGGCAGUGCCAGGAUUUUGCGACAGCUCUCCUGGACCAUACCCGAAGUUCACAUGAGCUCGAAGUUCUGCUGAACCAUGAUCCUACUGGUCCUGCAUUCGAACAUGGAGAGAGAAUGCAUCUUAAUAGACUAAAAUUGGCUAUUAAACUGCGCCAGAAAAAGUUCGUGGCGCAUCCGAACGUUCAGCAACUAUUGGCAUCUAUUUGGUACGAAGGUCUGCCGGGCUUUCGGCGCAAGAACAUGGCUCUGCAGGCCCUGGAAAUCGUCCGAAUAGGGAUCAUGUUCCCGCUGUUCAGCUGCGGAUACAUUCUGGCACCUCACACAGCGUUCGGGCAGACCAUGAGGAAACCGUUCAUCAAAUUCAUCUGUAAUUCGGCGUCGUAUUUCACGUUUCUAUUUAUGUUAAUAUUAGCUUCCCAAAGGAUAGAGUCUGUGGUCGGUGGUUGGUUUUCAUUCUCGUCUGUUCCCGAACCUGUGGUCGACGAGGUACAGACAAAACGCGGAGCUGCUCCUUCGAUAGUGGAGUGGUUUAUUCUGGCCUGGGUCAGCGGACUCAUAUGGAGCGAAGUCAAAGAGUUAUGGGAUGUCGGAUUACACGAAUAUGUGAAUGACAUGUGGAACGUCAUAGAUUUCGUUACUAACUCGCUAUAUGUGGCGACAGUCGCCCUCCGAAUUGUAUCGUAUUAUCAGGUACAAAGAGAAAGGGCCGCCAAUGUGGGCGCUUCGGACUGUCCGCGUGAAAAAUGGGAUGCCUGGGAUCCGAUGCUCAUAUCUGAAGGAUUAUUUUCUGCCGCUAAUAUUUUCAGUUCAUUGAAGCUUGUGCACAUAUUUUCGGUAAACCCUCAUCUGGGACCUCUGCAAGUGUCGCUGUCUCGGAUGGUGAUGGAUAUCAUGAAGUUCUUUUUCUUGUACGUGCUCGUGCUGUUCGCCUUCAGUAGUGGUCUCAAUCAAUUGCUAUGGUACUACGCUGAUUUAGAAAAGAAACGUUGUCCCGACAUCCAAUCUUUUAGCUCAUCAUAUCCAGCAAACCAUUCAAUCCAAGAACCUGUAGAUCCAAAUGCUUGUACAGUGUGGAGGCGCUUUGCAAAUUUAUUUGAGACUACACAAACGCUUUUUUGGGCAGUUUUUGGAUUGGUAGAUUUGGACAGUUUCGAGUUAGAUGGUAUCAAAAUCUUCACACGAUUUUGGGGAAUGCUCAUGUUCGGAACUUAUUCAGUUAUUAAUAUUGUGGUGUUACUUAAUUUACUGAUCGCGAUGAUGAAUCACUCCUAUCAACUCAUAUCGGAACGAGCAGAUGUCGAGUGGAAAUUCGCUCGUAGCAAAUUGUGGAUAAGUUAUUUCGAGGAAGGCGGUACUGUACCACCUCCAUUCAAUACCAUACCAACGCCGAAGUCCAUCUGGUAUACCGCUCAAUGGUUGAAGAGAAAAAUGUGCGGACAUUCGAGGUCCAUGAAAAAAGAACAUAUGCGAACAAUUCGAAGUAUCAUGAGAAAUCUGGUACGUCGCUACGUGACCGUCGAACAGCGCAAAGCGGAAUCGCAGGGGGUGACUGAGGACGACGUAAACGAGAUCAAACAAGACAUUUCGGCGUUCCGAUGCGAACUAGUUGAGAUUCUGAAGAACAGCGGCAUGAACACGUCCACUGCCACGGGAGCCGGUUCGGGUUCUGGUGGUAAGAAGAAUCGUCAAAAGGAACGUCGCCUCAUGAAAGGAUUUAAUAUUGCACCUCCCCCAACGGGAAGCACCCACACUUUGCCACCGGUUGCAGAAUUCAUAGCAUCGCUACAGCAGCAAUCGGCCCAGCACGAUCAUAGUCAAUCACAAGAUUUUGGUUCUACGCUUACUGGAAUUUUUACUGGAGGAAACGGAGGUGGUACUCCAAGAAAAUUGCACCAACUCACACAUUCGCAUUCGCACUCUCAAGCACAAAUGCCCGUUGGGCCAUCACCAUUUGGUGACACUCACCAAAGGGGAUUUGGAAGAUUGGCACCAAGGUUUCAUAUGAAGAGAAGCAGUUCACAUAAGCGACGCUGGGGCACACUUAUAGAAGCUGCAAAAUCCGGUCGAGUUAGUCGACUCAUCAGUAGAUCAAGGUCGGAAGAUUCCGUUUGCCGCGCAUCGACAGCCGUCGUCAGUCAAUCUUCUGGGAAUAUGACUGUCAGCAAUGGGACUCAAGAAUCGGCUGAUAGAUUUAGCAAUAGUCCAGGCAGCGACGAUGCUCCUACAGAAUCUGCGACGGAUUCGAACAGAAGCUUGGAGAGAUCAACAGGGCAACCUGGCGCUCCUGAAGGAUCAACGUCUGCACAAGCCCAUGGAGCCCUGGGUGCGUUAGCAGUUCUCCGCCGAAAACGGAAGAAAUUUUCUAAUUCCCGGAAUGUAACAGCUCUCACCGGUAGCAGAGCUGUGGUUCCUGCGCCAGUUUUAUCUUUAGGAAAGCACACUAAAUCACGUAUUCAGAUGUUAGAACGAGCGUCGUCGGUACCGUCCCGAGGGCCACCCGCGGUUUCUGGCACUGAAACAACCUGCCGGCCACAACGUCAUGAACACACCCAAAGUCAACAUAGUCAACAGAGUCAGCAAGAUACCCCUGUGGGAACAGGUUCUGGUGGUAAGAAGAAUCGUCAAAAGGAACGUCGCCUCAUGAAAGGAUUUAAUAUUGCACCUCCCCCAACGGGAAGCACCCACACUUUGCCACCGGUUGCAGAAUUCAUAGCAUCGCUACAGCAGCAAUCGGCCCAGCACGAUCAUAGUCAAUCACAAGAUUUUGGUUCUACGCUUACUGGAAUUUUUACUGGAGGAAACGGAGGUGGUACUCCAAGAAAAUUGCACCAACUCACACAUUCGCAUUCGCACUCUCAAGCACAAAUGCCCGUUGGGCCAUCACCAUUUGGUGACACUCACCAAAGGGGAUUUGGAAGAUUGGCACCAAGGUUUCAUAUGAAGAGAAGCAGUUCACAUAAGCGACGCUGGGGCACACUUAUAGAAGCUGCAAAAUCCGGUCGAGUUAGUCGACUCAUCAGUAGAUCAAGGUCGGAAGAUUCCGUUUGCCGCGCAUCGACAGCCGUCGUCAGUCAAUCUUCUGGGAAUAUGACUGUCAGCAAUGGGACUCAAGAAUCGGCUGAUAGAUUUAGCAAUAGUCCAGGCAGCGACGAUGCUCCUACAGAAUCUGCGACGGAUUCGAACAGAAGCUUGGAGAGAUCAACAGGGCAACCUGGCGCUCCUGAAGGAUCAACGUCUGCACAAGCCCAUGGAGCCCUGGGUGCGUUAGCAGUUCUCCGCCGAAAACGGAAGAAAUUUUCUAAUUCCCGGAAUGUAACAGCUCUCACCGGUAGCAGAGCUGUGGUUCCUGCGCCAGUUUUAUCUUUAGGAAAGCACACUAAAUCACGUAUUCAGAUGUUAGAACGAGCGUCGUCGGUACCGUCCCGAGGGCCACCCGCGGUUUCUGGCACUGAAACAACCUGCCGGCCACAACGUCAUGAACACACCCAAAGUCAACAUAGUCAACAGAGUCAGCAAGAUACCCCUGUGGGAACAGUAUCUGGUGUUCCUCUAACGCCAUCAACAACCGAGGAAAGCGUGGCGGCUAGCAGCAGUGCUCAAGGAAGCUCUCGUGAGCCUCUGCUCAAAACUCCAGGUUUGGCUGAAUCUGAAGACUCUAACUUGCCUUUGGUAUCGUCAGCAAAGAACCAUCGAAAUGGUCAACCCAGGAUACUGCCCCAUUUACCCGGUAUCAUUCCUCUUAAUGGACACAACCAACCAUCUGGAUGGCUGUGAUGGAAGCCCGUCGUUUUUGCGUCGACUGCGCUUUCCUGACCUAGUAUAUGAUUUUUCAUGCAACUUAGCUUACAAACACGAUAAAACAAGAUGAGCAAAUGAGCUUGAGCUGAUUCCACAAAUAUAUCUUCGUUUUACAGGCAAGAAAAUCGCUAAAAAAUAGAACAAUAGUAAUAAUAAUUCUGACAGACUAUUUUUGAAAAUGAUAUUAACAAACCAAUAAAUUAAGUCAGUAAAUAAAUGUAAUAAAU